UUAGGCAGCUCCACUACGGUCUCCGGUACCGCUUCCUUCUCCUUUGGAACCUCGAACACGGCGGUUGGCGUUUCUUCUACCGGUUUCGGUUUUGGUGCAAAUGCGACCUCUGUAGUCACGUCCUCGGUUACAGCUUCCUUUUCUUUCGGUUUCGCUGGUUUCAGCUGCACCUCGGCGCGAUCUUUUCCACCGUUUCCUCCACCGGUUUGA